AGGCACCAAGAGAAAGACAAAAGCUGGACAUUGCAGAUUACACAUUUUCAAAGAGAACUGAUGAAGUGCUCAUCAAGCAGGAAGGAAGCAUCGAUGGCCAGCAGUUCAACAUUGAAGAAUGCAAAAAUUGCGACAUCUUCUUGCUGGACUACGUUGCCACCAGCUUCGUUGAUGACUGCCAGAACUGUCGGAUCUUCAUCGGUCCCGUGGAGAGCAGCGUCUUCGUGCGCAAUUGCACGUCAUGCAGCUUGGUCAUAGCAUGUCAACAGUAUCGCUGCCGUGAUUGCAAGGAUUGCAAGCUAGCGCUCUUCUCAGGUACAGAGCCCAUCAUUGAGAGUAGCCAGAACAUGGCCUUCGCCUGCUUUGACUUCAAUUACUUCUCCUUGCGUGGUCAAAUGGCGAACGCCGGAUUGAAGCCCUGGAACAACAAGUGGUGGAUGGUCUAUGACUUCAACAAGAACGAAGAGAAACCGAACUGGAGUUUGCUGCCUCAAGAGGAGGCCAGCAGCCUUUUGAAGAUCGAGAACUGCCACGGCCUCAUAACGCCUGAGGAGUUGGAGAAUGAAAGUGUUGUUCCCAUCACCCUGGGCAGCAGACCUUGGCCGUCGAAGGAGACGUGCUUCAUCGUUUUCUUACCAGAUUCAGAGCCUUUGAUUGAGGCGUUUCUCUCCAAAGCUUUAGCCUCCAAAUGGGCAAUCUGCCGGACACGAGUGGUGCGGUUACAGGAAGAGCAGCUGAAGACCUUAUUUGCCUGGGCCAAAGAGCCCAAGCUGGUGCUCCGAUGCAAAGGCUGCGAAGUCGUGGGAAUGCAGGUCUGUGGUGACCACAUCCAAAAGCAGGUCCAGGAUACCUUGGCGUUGACUGGCCUGGCCACGGGCGCUAAGAACAUUCGCGUGGUGCCAGACAAGGACACUGACACACUGGCAACGCACUUCUUUCAGACUUGGAAGGAUGAGGUAUAGGGCCCCAUCUCGAAGACCGAGCGGGGGCACCACGAUCAGAACCAUGGCAAGACAG